AUAUACAUAUAUAUUUGAAAGAGCAUUGAGCACAAUAUCGGAAGAGUUGUAAGAGCCAACAGCAAGAAGCUAAAUCAUCCAUUGCGGUUCCAAUGUAGCCCCUCAUGGUUAAUUAACACGAGCCCGUUGUGUGACUAUAUAACAGUUUCGUGUUAAAACAAAAAGUGUACAAAAAGUUGGCGUUUUUUUUGUUUAGCAAAAACAUAAUAAAUUAUUUUGCAUCAAUCACGAUCCAUCGUACAAAUUUCUAAUUAACAACAGCGCAAACUUUGCGUGAAUCACCAGCCAUACAAAUUUUCCGUACUUCAAAUGGGUUGACUUUGGACACAUAAGCUUCCUGGACCCGGGAAACAAAAGGGAUACACUUUGAACCUCUGUAAAUUCGUGCCACAGACACAUUUAGCUGGAGCUGCCACUGGACACAGCGGCGCGCUGGCAUUAAACCGAAACCAAGCCAACCACAAUAGCAACCACUUGCACCACCGAUUGAUCUGAACAAAUUUUCUGAUAGUCUUUUUCAUUGGGAACCAAUUGAUCCACUGCCCAAGAGCAGCGUCCACACCGAUGAACCAAACGGUCGUUUCGCUUGACAGCGCGGCCACCGUGAACCACAGCAGCAGCAGCAGCAGCAGCAGGAGCAGCAGGAGCAGCAGCAGACAGGAUCUGCAUCCUGGCCAAGUGAUUGCCAUCAAACUGGGCCACUCCUACGCGGCACGCGCCGAUCUCAACUAUUGCCGAGGCGAGUGAAAAGAGUGCACUUAAGCCAAAGCCAAAGCCAAAGCCGUGUGAAGUGUAGUUAACCAAUUCCCAAUCCAAGUCGAAAGCGGCCUCAAGACGGACGGAACCAUGCUGAAAGUCGUCGGCGCAUCAUGGCAGAAAACGCGUAUAGGGACGUAUAUACUGAUCGGAGCCGGUUUGCUGGUGAUCGGUGCGUUCUUUGUCGGCUAUAUGGAUCGGCCCGAAUACGAUGGCACCUACUGUGCCACCGCGUUCUGGACCAAGAAGGUGGGCUUUCAGAUUGAGAACUGGAAACAGCAAAACGAUUUGGUUAACAUACCCAAGGGCGUGGCUAGAAUAUGCUACAAGGACUCCGUCUAUGAGAAUGGCUGGGCACAAAUUGAGGUGGAGACGCAGCGCAGCUAUCCGGACUGGGUGCAGGCCUAUGCCGCUGGCAUACUGGAGGGUUCGCUCACCUGGAAGAACAUCUACAAUCAGUGGGCCAACACCAUCUCCUCCUCCUGCGAUCGGGAUGAGAGCUCGCAGAAGUUCUGCGAAUGGCUGCGCAAUCUGCUGACCCGCAACUAUGAACAGCUGAAGGAGCAGGCGGCGGCCAUGGCCGAGCACGAUCAUUACUGGCAUCAAUUGCAUCUGAUACUCAAUCAGCUGGAGGGCAUGGAGACGGGCUAUAUACGUGGCGCGACGCGUGCACGCUCCGACUUGGAGGAGGAAAUACCGCUAUCCGAUUUUCUGCUGAUGAAUGCGGCUGCCGAUAUCCAGGAUCUGAAGAUCUACUAUGAGAACUAUGUGCUGCCCAAUGGCACCGCCGAGGCGGGCGCGGCCGGCAGCAAGAACUUCUUUCUGCCCAGCGCCUCGAUGCUGACGCGGCUGCUGCGCGAUGAACAGGCGCCGCAGCAGUCGCUGCAGCUGCUCUUUGGCCACAGCACCGCCGGCAGCUAUUCGUCCAUGUUGCGCAUCCAGAAGCGUUACAAGUUCCAUUACCAUUUCUCGCCCGAUACGCGCAGCAAUACGGUGCCCGGCGCGGACAUUACCUUCACGGGCUAUCCGGGCAUCAUUGGCUCCACGGAUGACUUCUAUGUGGUCAAGGGACGCCAGGUGCAGUCCAUUGUGGGCGGCGUGUGCAUCAAGAACGAGAACCUGGCGCUGUGGGAAAAGGUGGACGUUAAGAACAUGGUGCCGCUUGUUGCCCGCGUCAUGGCCGCCAAUCGCAUUGCCCAGAAUCGACGCACCUGGGCACGGGCCAUGUCCCGUCAUCCGUUUACGGGCGCCAAGCAGUGGAUAAGCGUGGACCUGAAUAAGCUGGGCGCACAGGAUAAUCUCUACAAUACGCUGGAUGCGGAUGAGAAGCACGACGAUGCGCCCGUGCCGCUCAACGAGAAGGAUAAUGCCGCCAUCAGCGAACGUCAUGAUCAGCUGAAGAACAUGGUCUGGAUUGUGGAACAGCUGCCGGGACUGGUGCACAGCAAGGAUGUGACGGAGAACUUUCUGUUGGCCGGCAACUCCACCUGGCUGGCCAAUGGCGUGCCCUAUUUCGAUGUCAUACUAAAUGCCAGCCGCAUCUCGCGCGACAACUACAGCGAGGAUCAGGAUCUGACGCCCGCCGAGGAGGCGGAACUGACCAAUCUGGAGGCGGUGGACAAGUAUUUGCGCAAGCGCGGCUUUCGCGGCGAUCUGCUGGGCGAUGAGUCCAUUGCCUAUGGCAACAUUGACCUCAAGCUCUUCUCCUACAAUGCGCGUCUGGGCAUGAGCGACUACCAUGCCUUUGCCGGACCCAUCUUUCUGCGGCUGCAGCAUGCGCAGGCACGCUCCUCGCUGGAGGAGCCGCAGCUGGAUCAGGCGGAUCAGGCAGCGCCCGCUGCCAUCGGCGAUGAGCGGCUCAGCGUGACCAUCGAUGAUGCACAUACUCUGGCCGAGCUGGAGCUGAUUACGGAGCGGCGUCCCGUGCGUAAUGAUAUGCGUGCGAUAGCCAUGCGAAAGAUUGGCAGCGGUCCCUUCAAAUGGUCGGCGAUGAGCGUGCUCGAUGAUGGCAAUCACGAGGGUCAUCCGGAUGAGUGGAAUUUCGACAAGGUGUCGCCCAGAUGGGCGUGGUAAGCGUCCCAAUUGUUCUCUGUUAUGUUCCCCAUCGAAUUUCGCCAGCGACAACAGCAACUGAGAAGCAAUAAUUGUCACUAGAUUCGUAACUUUAGUAUCGUCUUUUCUGUGUGUUCCUAGCUGAUAAAUUGUCGUACGUAGAUAUCAAUUGUGUUGCGUCCAUAGUCAUAAAUCGUAGUCGUGCCCGUAACAUAUCAAUGUUCAAUUAUUGUCUUCCAGUUGAUAUAUUGUUUCGUUUUAUUUUUUUUUUUUUUGUUUUAAAUUGUAAAAUCUAUAG